AUGGACGAAACGUUGGAAACACACUCGGGCUCGGCUGCAGGCUUCACUGCCUCGGUCAAUGGAUCAGCUCCUCCGUUUCUCUCAGGCUUACUCCCCUCGUUCGAGACAAUCUCCCGGGCUACUUCCCCGGGGCUGCCGUACGGAGAGCGUCAGCAUGAGGACGAUAAGAAACGCUACCGCCCCCGCACGUUCAGCUACUUCCGCCUGCUGCCGUUCGAUGUCGAAGACGAGGCGCACCGGGAUGCUGCCCUCAACGGCAUCCUCAAAAAUCUCUACACCUCCAUCUUGGCCGAAGACUUCUCGCCAGGAGCGGUGCAUUGGACCCGCGAGCUCAACGGAUGGCUGAACCUCAAGUUCGAGAUGACGAGGGAGCUUCGCGCUUGUCUCGCGCGCUUGUACUACCAUCUUGCCCUCGCUCCCGGCCUGGAUAUUAACACGGCCGAUCGAUUUGCCCGCAUGGUGAUUACGUUGACGAGAAAGAAGCACUAUCUGAAGGCUGGCGAGGAUCUCACCCUGGAUUGGCAGCCGCUGUGGAAAGAGUUGAAAGCGUUAGUAUUGCCACAUGAGGCCCCGGCGCACCAAGGCCCGAGGAGAAGAUCAUCCAAGCACCUCCUCAAACUUGGUCUACACGUGGCGGCGUGGUUCGACCCCAAGGAGAGACGGGCGAUUCUAGAGGAGCUACUCCCAUAUUUCAGCACCUCGGGCCUCUCCAAUGCAUAUAUCGUCAUUUUUGCGCUCGCCGUCAUGCUUCCCACCGGCCCUGCGCCCCCCACGGAACCACAGUCGCAGCCUUCAGAUUUCUUCCCGACCUUCUUCCAUUUAUGGUCUCUCAUGACCAGGUCCAAGGCCUUCGAUGCGAGCUUCAUUGACAUCUUUUCCCGCACAGCUCGGGACCACCUUGGCUGCACCCACGUGCCUUUCACGGAGCAUGGGAUCUUCACUCGCGAGCAGUCCGACCUCAUCUUCACCGCCAUCCUGAGGCUGACCGAGAUCCCUGUUGGUCAGGCCAACUCGCCAUACGCGUCGAUUGAUUACGGGUCCGGCCUGGGCGUCUACCUGGAGAAGGACAAGAAGAAGUAUCCUGUGCCGCAUAUGAUCGCACGCUGGAUCGUGUUCUCACUAUCUCCUCUCUGCCUCCAGGCCGAAAAUUCCAUUCUUGCAAAUCUCGAAGGCCUGAUGGAGUCCAUCGACACCUUCUUCCACCCGUCCAAUCAGGGAUCAUGGACCAGCUUCCUAGCGCAACUCACGUAUUACUUGACGGAUAACUUUGUCUCGCGUUGGAACCGGGAACAGAGUGGCGAGCUCGACGUACCGCCCGAGCGACGGAUCAAUGACGAGCUGAAGAAGCGUUUUGUCCUCUCCCUAAGGGAGGUGACUUUCAUGGGACUCUUCGCCAAGAGCUCCAAGGUGGUCAACUAUUACUAUUCAACUUUGCAAGGCUUGGCCUACCUUGAGCCCGAUCUGAUGCUCCCCGGUGCGCUGCAGCGGUUCUAUCCCAGUCUGCAGGGACUGGUCGAGGUGCAUCGGACAACAUCAAGUUUGUGCGGUCUGCAGAUGAUUGCCAACAUCAUGUGCAAGCAGAAAGGGUACCGGUGCCACGUUACCGCACUGCUGGCGUUGGCGCUGCCUGGCAUUGACGCGAAUGACCUGGGCAAGACACAACACACACUGAACUUCAUCCAAAGCGUGGCUUACAGCAUACCGUUUGUGCCGUUGGCCCGUGACGAUGAUGACAUUCACGACACCAGCCUUGCCAUGAACUGGGUGCAGGCCGAGAUGGAGAGGAUGGAGCGGGAAGGGCAGGACAUCAAAAUCUGCUACGAAGAGGAGCUGACUGAUGAGGACGAAGCCAGCAUCUUGCGCUCGUCCACUGCUGGUCUCGGCGAAUUUGUGCUCGCGCUCUUGGGCAAGGUAUUUGCACUGCUCGAGAACCUCCCCGACGCCAGCCACCUCCGCACAGGCUCGCCCGAAGACAACGUCAUCAACACCCUACCCGCUGCCCUCACGCCCCUAUUCGCAUCAUUAUCCCCGGAGCUCUUUGACAUGGCGCUCGAGAAGCUUGCCGCUUUCGUUUCCAGCCACGUUGUCCAUCAAGCCCGGGAUGCCAUGGCAUGGAUUUGCAAUGCGCUGUGCAAGGUCAACCCGGAGAAGACACUCAAGGUGUUCAUUCCCAUGCUGAUCGUCAACAUCCGCAACGAAAUUGACUACAACGGGGCGGCAUCGGAUCGGAGCAGCGGCACCGAGGUGCUUCCCCGGGACCGUGCCCUCGUCUGGCACGUCAGCCUGCUGAGCAUGUGCGUUGUCCAUGUGGGCGCUGAGGUGCUGAGGUACAAGGACGAGCUCCUUGGGAUUGCCGAGUACAUGCAGGAGAAGUGUCGAGGCCUGCCCACCAUCCACAUCUCAAACUACAUACACCAUCUCCUGCUCAACUUGACCCACACGUAUCCCAUUGAUAACGCUCUCUACGAGCCAGAUGUCAUCGCCGCCGGCUUGGACGUCGAGCACUGGGGCCGCCAAACUCCCCCGUCAGAGCUCACCAUCAAGUGGCAUCGUCCGUCGCAUGCGGAGAUUCUCUUUGCGGUGGAGCUCUUCGAGAGUCAGGCCAGGAGUGCUGCCCGGAGGCUCGAACAGCUCAUGAGCGACGACCCGCCGGUUAACAGGAAAGGGAAAAACAAGGAGUGGUCGGACGAGCUGUCACGCAGUCUGACCGCACUUAGACUGAUGAUCUCGGGAAUAGCGACGCUUUUCGACCCACUCCGGGCCUCGGGCGAGCCGGCCGGCCAUGAUGCCAACGGCGACAAGAUGGAUGAAGAAGGCGACGCGAUGAUGGAGCAGGAUGAUGACCCUCUUGCCGAGGUUGCGGAUGACGACGAGAUGAAACGGCAGUUCCGGUACGCCGCCGGGUACCUGCUGAGUCCCCAGGAUCCCGUGUACGAGCGCCUGCACAGCUUGCGCGAGGAUAUUGGGCGGCUCCUCUCGCAAACUCACGCGUUUUUGAACGUGAAUCAAGAGGACGAUGUCGCGUGCUUCACGGCCCUGUACGCCGCGUACAGGACGUGGAUCACGGAUGUCGGCAUCGAGCGGUCGGCCCAUCCGUUGGAGCGCCUUCUCCGCCUGUACAAGGCCGACAUUUCACCGUUCCGAAUCAACGGGCUUCGGAAGGUCUACCCACGGCCGCUGCUGAUCAAGCGCGCGGAUGCGUACCAGCUUCAGCGCGUCAAGUACAACUCGGCGUACCGGAAGAAGAGCGAGCUGGACAAGCAGUUGCUUCUCGACCUCGCCGAAUCCUGCACCUCGUCGUACACAGACGUGCGCCGGGUGGCCCAAAACGCGCAAGACUCCUCGCUCAAGGUACUGCUAGGGGGAAGGCCGCUGGUCAUACCGGUCGUCUUAGACAGGCUGCGCAAGGCACUCGAGGAAGGCGAUCAUGACCGCAUCAAAGGAGCGAUGUACACACUCCUGUUCACGACCCUGAUCAAAACAGUCAUGCGCGACUGGCGGUUCGCUCCCGAUCUGAUGCGCCUCUACAUUGAGACCGCCAGCGUUGACAAGGCGUCGAUCCAAAGCCUCGGAUCCUCGGCGCUGUACCCGCUUCUCGAGUUUGGAAAGCCGCUUGAGCGCAUGAUCAUCUUUGACCGAGACUUGGUCGAGACCAUUCGCCCUGCGGAGGACUGCUCGGCCGCCAUCAAGCGUCGGAACGCCUUCAUCAAGGAUCGUCGCACCAAGGUAGAGGCGAAAAAGGCGUCGCUGGGCCUGGAGCUGAUCAGGAAGGCACGCGAGUCACACUGGAAGGUUGCCAACAGAUGCACCAUUUUUGCAUUGAACUGUACUUUGCGGUUUGAUACGCUUGGGAAUCCAGAGUUCAUCGACCUCGUCGCCAACGGGGCGAACGACCAACACCCCAGCCUCCGAGCGAACUACCUGUCGGCAUUCUCGGCGUUAUUCACGGCCAUCGACAUGCGCGCUGCCUACGGUCAUGAAUACAAGAACUAUCUCACCGAAGAGGAAACGGACCCGAACAAGUUGGAGGUGGCGGUGCCGACAGACCAUCCUCUGGUGACUGAGAAGUUCCUCGCGCAGUUUGAGACAUACGACAAUGUUCAAUACUUUGUCGACCAGGAUCACCCGGGCUGGCUGGUUUGGGGUAAGAAGCUGGCGGUGGCACCUGCUGACCCCAAGCCGUUCGUGUAUGACGAGGUCGAAGAACGUGUGCGCGAGCAGAUCGGCAGGAUUAUCACUAGGCCGUGGCUCCAACAGUGCUUUGACUAUCUCAAGCAGGAGCCGAGAGAUUCCGGGGCGGACCGCUUCCGGAUGCAGAACGUCGUGCUGCUCAUGAACGUGUUCGACUUGAUGCACUCUGGGAAGACGUCUGCCACGUUUGACGAGGUUGUCGAGAUGGUCAAGGAGGUGUAUGGCGACGGGAGUGAUAAGCACCAGCACCGUGCCACCGCCGAGAUCCUUGGUGCGCUGCUUGCUGGGAGCGUUGACGAUCCGCAGGCGAUACGGGACAAGGUGUGGAAGUUCGCGGCCCCGAUGAUGCUUCGGAUCAUCGCCGACGAUUUAACUCCAGACAAUCUCUCAUACUGGAUGACUUGCCUGCACGUCGUCAUUGACGACAAGGAUCCUAGGCGGUCUCGAGAGCUAACCGAAGCGUUGGCGUCGUUCCGGCUCGACAUGAACUCGAAUGCCGCGUUCAAGGAAUCCUCCAAGAUGCAGCUUGUCGAGUUCAUUGUUAACGACGCGGGUUGGCACUUCCGCCACGAGAAGCCUAUCCUUGAAGACUGCCUCGCGCACCUCGACCAUCCGUACAAGUCGGUGCGGGAGUCGAUUGGCAGGAUCAUCGCGACGAUCUACCGCACCCGGUACCACGAGUCCUUCAAGGACGUGUCGACGCUGCUCGAGCAGAACAAGGCCGCAUCCUCGACCGGCAUCCGUCCCUACCAGCCAUCAGAGGAAUUCGCGGCCACCAUCAAGGACGUCUUCGCCCGCCUCGAGAAGUGGCGGCAUGAGCGCACCCCCGGCCAGCAAACGCCAUCCAGCUACACAUCCGGCUCCAAGACGGUUCUUAUCUGGCUCGACAGCAUGCUCUCGUCGCAAGAGUGCAUCCAACUCGUUCCCUUCUUCCCAGAUCCCUUCAUCGAAGCUCUCCUGCACAUGAUGGACGUCAAGGAAGACCCGGAGCUUAUGAAGCUCGCCUAUCACGUGUACCGGCACCUGCCCAACAUCCCCCUCCGUGACGGCGAGGACGACGCUUUUAUCGCCAUGCUCAUCCGCGUCGGCAAGACGGCCGCCUCGUGGCACCAGCGCCUGCGCGCCCUCGUGAACAUGCAGGUUGUCUACUUCCGCCGUCUCUUCCUGACGCAGCCCGCCCAGCGCCAGAUGCUUUUCGAUGCCGUCGGCGACAUGCUCGCGGACCCGCAGCUCGAGGUGCGCGACUGCGCGAGCGCCACGCUGGCCGGCAUGAUCCGCUGCUCGCCGGCCUCGAUCCGCAGCCCCAUCAUCUACCAGCUCAAGGAGCGGUUCGAGACGCAGUUGAGGAUGAAUCCCAUGCCCAAGCGCAAGGUUCCCGGGACAGACACGCCCGUCGAUGCGCAGAGGCAGAUUAUCAGGCGUCAUGCGGCCGUGCUGGGGCUCGGGGCGCUCGUCGAGGCGUUUCCGUAUGCGACGCCGCCGCCGAGGUGGAUGCCGGAGGUGCUGGCGCACUUGGCGACGAGGGCGGCGAGUGAUCCCGGGGUGGUGGGUAAGGCGACGAAGGCGAUUCUGGCUGAGUUCAAAAAGACGAGGCAGGAUAGUUGGGGGGUUGAUCAGAAGUACUUUACGAGCGAGCAGCUGGAGGAUCUGGAGGGUGUCCUCUGGAAGAGCUACUUUGCUUGA